AUUUCAUUAUAUAUAAUAGUAUAGUGUCUACAGAAUUUAAAGGGCUUUAGAUUUUAGAUCUGGAAUUUGUGUCUAGAUAAUCUAGAUUAGAAGUUUAGUUAGACACAAAUAUAAUGUUAAAUCUAGAUUAUCUGAAACUUCAAUAGCUCUUGUUGUCAACUUCUUGUGUUAGAUGUGCUGUUGUGUUUAGCAGUGUUUUCAGAAGGCCUGAUAGAGAAGAUCGUAACAAUAUAUAUAUAUCUGUCCUCCUUUUGCUAUGCUGAAAUAAGAUGCAAGCAGACUACAACAUUCCAGACCAAGACUCUUAUCAAGCUUCAAGUUGAUAACAUAACAACUUAACAAAAUUGAAAAAUGAUGAUUAAUGAUCAAAUGAUUUUAGAAGAGGAUUAUGAUGAAAAUUAUGAACCAACGGAAAAUGAAAUUGUGGAGUAUGCUACAUCCAUUGGAAUCGAUGUUGAUACUGAACAACACCUGCUUUGGAUUGCUAGAGAAGGAUUUAAUGCUCCACUGCCUGAUAACUGGAAGCCAUGUCAAACCCCAACAGGUGACAUCUAUUACUUUAACUUUGCCUCGGGGGAAAGUAUUUGGGACCAUCCCUGCGAUGAGUUCUACAAGAAAAUGGUCUUGGAAGAAAGACGAAAAGGCUCACCUGAUAAAAAUAAUGCUAAUAAAAAAAAGACAAAAGGUAAAGAGGACACUAAGAAAAAGAAAGGAGGAGUUGCAUUAGGUUCCUCUGGAAGUGGAGGAAUGGCAGAUGAAUUAGGACCAUUGACUAAAGCACCUAUUUUGAAGACUUCUCAGCUGAAUCCUAUAAACCUAAAAGCAGAUUCCAGCCUGGGAACUCCACAGGUUCACAAAGGCAGUGCUCCUUUCGUAGGAUCCAUUAAGUCUGUAGAUAGUCUUGAUGGAGCUUCAUUUCUCAGAGGAUCAACUGGAAAUUCUCAGCAGAUUAGGGGGAGCUUCAACACAACAAGUGGAUCUAUGAAUAAAAGUCUCAAUGUGACUAGUAGUGUUACCAUUCCUGCCUUGUCUGGAGAUUAUGAAGAUGAUGAUGAAAACUUUCGUCCAGGACUAGGCUUCAAUUUACAAGAUAUGGCUGCAUUAGGCUAUGAGGAGUCAGAUUUGGAGUCUGAUGAGAGUAAGCAGCGCAAAGAAUCAGAGAGUGAUAGUGAUGACUAUCGGAAGGAAGUGGACUUUGGACUGGAUAAAAAUCUGUCUGAGAAACUGAUGGAAUUAGAGAACUUAGAGCCAGGCCUGAGAGGAUCAUUGGAAAAGAUAACCAAACUUGGCAGUAGUUUAGGCCAGGAUAUAGAUGGUACUUUAUCACUAAAGUCAACUGCUAGAGAUGAGUCCCCCAGAGGUAAAAUCUCACCUCUUGACAAUGAGAUGGAAAGGAGGAGGAAAGCUGAACUUGCCGCACUCUCAGCUGAAAGACGACAACAAGAACAAUUUCUGAGAGAGGAAGAAACCAAAAUAUCUAAUGCCAAUGAAAAAGCAAUUAAAGAAAUGAAAGAAAAACUAGGGAGAGAACUAGAGAAUACUAAGCUUGAGCUUCUUGAGGACAAAGACAGGAGGUUGAAACUGCUUAAAGAUGAGAUAAAGAAGGAGGCAGAGGAAGAGGAGAGAAAACUGAGGGCAGAGAAGAAAGACAUGAUCAGUCAGUUGCAGGAAGAGUUAAAGAGCGCUAAGGCCCAGGUAGCCAAUGAAUUGAGCCAGUCUCAGGAACUGGACUUGUCUCAGCUCCGCAAUCAGCACACCAUUUCUCUAGCCCAAAAAGAAGUUGAACUGCGGGAACAGAUGGAUAAAGCUUUACAAAAACUGAGGGAUGAAGUCGGGGCUCUGAAGAGGGAGGAGCAAGACAAACUGGAGGAUGAGAAAAAGAAAGCAUUAGAUAAAUUAGCCAAGCAGGUAGAGACAUCAGUUGCGUCUGAAAAGUCCAAGCUAGAGGAAGAUCAAAAGAAGCAGUUAGAGACACUGCGCAACAAACAUGAAUCUGAAAUAGAGAGAUUGAAGCAAGAUUUAGACAAACAACACAAGGAGAAACUGAACAGUCUCAAAAAUGAGCUGGAGAUUUCACAUAAAAAGGAAAUGGAGAAACUCCGUGAUGAAAUCAGUAAACUUCAUGAUGCUGAAAAAGCUCGUGAAGAAAGUGAGCUAGAGGCUGCUAAGAAACGUCAAAAAGCAAUCAAUGAUUUAGAAAAAGGGCUUGAUGAGAUACUGAAUGAGCGCAGGAUGGAGAUGAAACAUGAUCAUGAAACUCAGCUGACUGCCUUGCGCCGUGAACAUGAGGAGCAGCUGCGUAAGAUGAGGGAGGAGUUUAAAACCAAGAUUCAAAAUGAGGAAGACAGUAUAAAGGCUGAUCUUGAGCAAAAGAAACAACAACUUCAGCGACAACAUGAUAGGGAGGUGGAGGAGAUGAAGAAAAACUUCCAAGUGAAGAAAGAGUGUCUACAGGACCAGCUGGACGAUGAGGAAGAAGAGUUGAAAGAAAAAAAUUCUGACCUAGAGAGAAGGAAAGCCUUUUUGGACAAGUCAUUAAAGUCCCUUGAUGCCCAGGAGAAACUUCUAGAAGAAAGAAGAAAAAAGUUGACUGAAGAAAAAAACAAACUGGAACAAGAUCAUGAUGUGGUGCUAGGAGCUAAAGUGACUUCUCUUGGAGAGGCAGAGCUUGAGAGAAUGAGAGGGGAGAGGAGGCAACUGCUGGAAGAAUUGAAUGAAGAGCAAGAACAAUUGGACAAGAUCAAGAGUGAGAGAAAAACCAUUGAAGGGGAAGUAAUCAAGCUGAAGAUGUCAAGGGACCAACAGAAUAGGAAAUUAGAUGAGAUCAGGAAGAGGAUGGACCAGAAGCUGAAGGAGUUUGAAGGCUUACAAGAUCAUUUCACUCAGGAAGUUCAGAAGAACUCUUCAGUGCAGAGAACUGAAAGUGUGCCUGCUGCCAACUCUAAGCUGACAGUAGGAGAUUUACAAAGUAAUCUCUAUAUGAAUGGAGCUAUCAGUGAUGAGGAAGAUUUUCUUAGAGACCAAAAUAAAUCAUCAUCAAUACUAAGGCCUGGCAUUUCCUGGCAAGAUGUUUUAGCUGCAGAUGACAAUUGGCUUGAGCCUAGCAUACCUGGCACCAGAAGAAGAGGCUUGAGAGAGCACUUGGCUGUAGAAGAGCAGACCCUGUCUAGGGCUAAAGCUUACUUACAGAAGCAGCGGAAGACUUUGAAACAGAGACAGUCUGCUCUAGCAGCAGCUAAACAAGAGCUAAUAAAGGAUACACAGAGACUCCGAGAAGGGGACAUGUCUGAGCGUGGAGCUGAACUACUGAAUGAGGUCAAAGAACAUUUAGAGAGAGAAAAGCAUCAAAUCAGCUCAUUACAGAGCCAAAUCAACUCUGGCAGUCAGCUCUUGAAACAGAAAGAAGAUAAACUUCAUGAGAUGGAAGACUUGACCAGAGAGAGUGUGAGUGAUGAUGAAAAAGAGUACUCUCCCUUUGUCCAUUCUUGGUCAAAAGCCAGAUUGCCUAACCUGGACCUGAGUGAUGAUGACAGCAGUGGAGUUAGUAGUUCUAAUGCAAGUCUGGAGAAUUUUCUGUAUGGUCAUAAUAAGUACACCACCACCUUGGGCCCAUCCUACUUCACUUCCAGUACGGCCGCAAGUAACCAUAGCAACGAUGAGCUGGCCAAAGCCUUGAAGAAGAUCAAUUCAGAAUUAGCGCAUGUACUAACUUUCAUUGACAGAGACACUGGGGUGACGACUGCCUCUCCAGAAAGACCAUCUCACCAAUAUACCUCUAGCAGCAGCCAUCACUAUAAUCACUACACUGGGCUUCCUGACGGCAAUCUUUGGUCCCCGCAUCCACCUGUUGGUCCUCCACCUAGACAUUUCUCCAGCCUUGUAAACACAGCAGAGCAAUCAUUGGAACGCAAGUGGAGAAAAUAUUUUGGAGAUCACAGACCUCCAUACACACCAGCAUUAUCCUAUCAAGCUCCCUCGCAUGGUUUGGGAUCAGCUUCAUUAUCUAUCAGAGAUCGCCAAUUUAGGAUGAAUUUUUUGGAAUCCAAGCCCAUAGUAUCAAUUCAGACACAGCUUGCAGCGCAAAAAGAGUGGUUGAAACAACGAAGUAGAGUAGACAAUCCUGUUAAAAACCUUCACCUUAAAACUGAAUCUUUACAUAGCACAAUGGAUCUGAAUGACCUUCAAAAUGACACUCCACUGGUGGCAACACCUCCCAAGUAUGGGAUGAAAGUACGCUUGGAGCUGGAUGAUCAAGAUGAGAUACGCGUUAGACACUACUGAAGAAACGGUUUAGCUUGCUUCUUGACAGUAUCUAACUUGCCAGAUCAAAACAUGUUGGCUGUUUGUAGCUUGCCUGAACAAAAUUGUUGAUUCAUUAUUUGAAUAUAAAUUUUGUUGAUUGGUGAGAAUGUUAUGCUAAAAAGUAAAAUGUUUAUUGCAAAAAUAGUGACAAUGAACUCAAUGUAUUGAUUCUUGAUGAAGAUGUUAUAGAUAUGAUGUUCACUCUAUGUUAUUUAAUGGUGAUAAUUGAUUUUGUUAAUAACAUUGUUAUGCAAGUUUUUGUUAUAUUUGUAGCCCAGGUAAUAUCUUGAAGGCUAUAGUAUUACUACAUGGUAGAAUGUCUAGCAAAGUCUUUAACACUAGUUCUAGGAAUAAAGGCACAGACUUGACACUCUUGUUGUGUAAAUAGAAUGCUUGUGAAUUAUGAAGUGACACUCUUAUUGUAUAAAUAGCAUGCUUAUGAAGUUGUAUUUAUUUUUUGAAAUAAAUACCUUCAUCAGAUGAAUUAGGAAACAAGAAGUAUCAUGAAAAUAGAUCUAAACUAUUUUUUUUUUCUAAAUGCAAAAAAAAAAAAAUAUUAUAAAUGUAUCAAGAAAAAUGCAAAAAUAUAGUAUUUUAAAAAGGAUUUGAUUAAUUGGGGAUCUGUAUCUGAUUUCCAAAUGGUUGAAACUACGCAUUACAAAAAGGAUGGGUAGUUGAUGGUACAAGUGUAUUUUUUGUUGAGUUGUUUACAAAAUGAAGUCAAAGAUUGUGUUUUUCC